AUGGCUGGCAAACUUAUUGAGAGCAGUUUCAGUAUUGUAGUAGGAGUGGACUCCAGAUUGUGGUGGGCUGAGCUAAGUGGGAGGUCUUGUUCUGAGAUCCACACUACCUAUCUGCCCAACUGCUUCCGUCCCCCUCACUUGGAGGUGGUGUAUCAGCAAUUCUCAAACUGGAUUCCCCACAAGACAAAGUGUCUUCAAGAAAUAAAAAUAGCCGGCAGCCUGAUCCUUUUCAUUCACGUUACCCCCAUCGAGCGGGGCCGGGGCGGGAGCUGGUUUCUUACCAACCACGCAUCCGCAGGCCUCACACGGGGGAGCGUAGCCGGGAAACUUUGUAGCGCGCGCACACAGCGAAGGCCGAGGCUUCUAAGAUGGCGUCUUUCUUCCUCGUUUCAGGUUCUCCACUGCGGAGGCCCUAACCGCCGGAGACGGACGUCCUGCGGCCACACCCCUGGCGGGCGGCCGGCCACGCCCGCGCGACCCCUCCCGUCGCCCUGCGGUCUGGCCAAUGGAGGAGCCACGAAUGGCACGACCUGCUCCGGGUUGGCAGUCUCCGGUUGCACCGUGCCUGGGAGUACUUCCUUGGAAAGGGAGGCGGGGAGAAGGUGCUGGAGGCUCUGGGGAGAUGGCUUUUGCACCUCUUCCAACCUCUCGCCCAGGAAUCUCCGAACUACAGCAGAGCCAGUUGGCUCGGAAAUAUGGCGGGCUGCCCCUGCCCUGUGGGUCUAUGCGGCACUCUUCUGCCCGGUGACUGACGCCUUGGAAAUGAAGUUUAUGACGUCAUCGCGCCGGCCGGCCAAUAGAAACUGCUCCCGCGGAGAGGCGUUCCUCCCCCUUCGCCUCCGCCGCUUCAAGCGCGUGAGCGCGCGAGCGCGCGCGGUGGGGGUGGGGGAAGUCUGGAGCUGGGUGGCGCGCAUGAGCGGCGAAGCUCCUCCCCCCCGCCUAUAUAUAAAGGACUGGCGCGGGGCUCGGCGGCGCCAUUUCGCGCUGGAGUGGAGCGGCCUCUAG